GCAGGAAAUCCAUUCCUACCGAACCCUCCCGGGCGGAGGCAGCUACGUACGUUGUCAUAGUGACCGUUUCACGUCAACCGGUUUGGGGCCUCCAUCCGGGUGUCUGGUGCAGCUCCUCGGUCAGUCCUGGUUAGGUCCCCCUCCCCCCACUCCAGCCCGGGGCUCAGUGGGGACAGCCGGAUCCGGUCUCGGAGAGCGCGGGCGGGAGUGUCUGGGCCUAGAGCUGCCCCUCCCCUGGGGUUUGCUGGGUGGGGGCCAUGGCGACAGAAGAAGAUGAGGAGGUGGAGUGGGUCGUGGAGAGCAUCGCAGGCUUCCUCCGCGGCCCUGACUGGUCCAUCCCCAUCUUGGACUUUAUGGAACAGAAGUGUGAAGUUUUUGAUGAUGAAGAAGAAAGCAAGUUGACAUAUACGGAAAUUCAUCAGGAGUACAAAGAACUGGUUGAAAAACUGUUAGAAAGUUAUUUAAAAGAAAUCGGAAUUAAUGAAAAUCAGUUUCAAGAAGCAUGUACUUCUCCUCUUGCAAAGUCCCGGACAUCACAGGCCAUCUUGCAACCUGUGUUGGCAGCUGAAGAUUUCAGUAUAUUUAAAGCAAUGAUGGUCCAGAAAAAUAUAGAAAUGCAGUUGCAGGCAAUUCGAAUAAUUCAAGAAAGAAAUGGUGUAUUACCUGACUGUUUAACAGAUGGUUCUGAUGUGGUCAGUGAACUUGAACAAGAGGAAAUGAAAAUCCUGAGGGAAGUUCUUAGAAAAUCAGAAGAAGAAUAUGAGCAAGAAGAAGAAAGAAGGAGAAAUAAACAGUUUUCAGAUUCUAAAAGAGAAGAUCCCUCAGGAUAUUCACGUGAAGCUGCAAAAAUGAAAAAAUCUCUAGGAGAUGAUCCAAAUUUUGUUCUAGCAUCUUCAGAAGGAAAAGCCCAUUUUGCUGGAAGAUCACUACAACCUUCGGGAAGAAAUUUGGAAACAUUACCUGAAACUUCCUCUCCCAAACUGAGGGAAGAUACUAUGACAGCUGGCUUGGAACAGGCAAUUAAAGAAGGGGGACUAUUAUCAAAUUUAUCAGCCCUUGGAAGAGAGCAGCUCCGGCAACGAGAGGACUAUCUAAAACAGAAGAGAGAUAAACUGAUGUCUAUGAAAAAGGACCCAAGGGUCAAACAGAUACACAGCAUAGAGCAGCAGAAAGGAAAAUCUGCCGAGGAGGAAAUUGCAGAGAAGCCAGAAAUGACAGCAGAGGAGAAGCAAACAUUACUAAAGAGGAGAUUGAUUGCAGAGAAGCUUAAAGAAGAAGUUAUUAAUAAGUGAUAAUUUUAAGAAACUUAAUUUAGUAAAACAAAAGUUUGAAUUUCUUUAAAAUAAAUUAUUGAAUCCUUAAACUAAGUAUGUUUUAAUCGCACUGACAAGUUCCAAAGUACAUUAACCUAUCCAUACCUCUUGUACAACAAGCACUAAACAAUUACCAUGUAGUAAUCUCUUUAACUUGAAAACAACCCUGUAAUAUUCCAAAUUAUUUUAUAAAAAGCAAACAAAAUAGUUACCUAACAUUGUGGUGUUAGUUAUAAAAUGUAUGUAAGUUAUGUUUGCAAUGAACAAAGUGAUAUAAUGGCUUAAAGAUUUAAGUACUUCUAUUUUUAGAAGUGUGGAUUAAUGCAGUGGUGUAGGUUUAAAAUUUGCAGUACCCUCCAUUAAACACAUUAAUGAACAGGGAAUAUUCGCACAGCUGAUUCCGUUGGUUUUGGGAAUUUUGUCAUUGUGAAGUGGGGAAAAGGAAAGUGUUUCCCAUCACCUUAGAACUCUUUGCAGGUUAUUUGCAUGGAGCUAGCUGAACCUACUGUGGGCAGGUUAGGAUA